AUGGCCGAGAAGUUGCAGCCGCGCACUUUGCGGCUCUCGCCUCCCGGCUUGGGCUUAGCCGAGGGGCGCGGGGAGCGAGGGGCCGUCAGGAUGUUGGGGGACAUGGAUGAAGAAGACGAGGCCUUCCAGCUUCCGACGGGAGGGUGAGAAUGCGGCGCCUCUCUGCGUGGGGGGAGAUGCGGGGUGUGCGGGUGUCUUUGGGUCCGCGUGAGGGGGCGGGGCUGUGUGAGGGGACUAGAGCUGUAUGUGGGGCUGGGGCAGCAUGUGGGGCUGCGGCUGCAUGUGGUUCUGGGGCUGUAUGUGGGGCUGAGGCUGCAUGUGGGACUAGAGCUAUAUGCGGGGCUGGGGCAGCAUGUAGGACUAGAGCUGUAUGUGGGGCUGGGGCUGCAUGUGGUUCUGUGGCUGUAUGUGGGGCUGAGGCUGCAUGUGGGACUAGAGCUAUAUGCGGGGCUGGGGCAGCAUGUAGGACUAGAGCUGUAUGUUGGGCUGGGGUGGGUGGGUGCAGGCUUGCGAAGGGUGAUUCCGAGCACAUGCAAAGGGCUUUGUCUGCAAUUACGUGCUGUUAUGCGCUAAGAGGAGAGGUAAAGUUCAGCAGAGCUAGGCGUCUUUGAGCCAGCAGGGUUCCUUCUCUCUCUCUCUCUCUCUCUCUCUCUCUCUCUUUCUUUCUUUCUUUCUUUCUUUCUUUUCUUUCUCUCUCUCUGCCUCACAGCGUUGCUGGUGAGGAUGAAAUGGGCGGGGUUUCGUCCAGCUAAGGAUGAAAUGGGAGGCACUUUCUUGCAUCCGACUAAGCUACGCGUUGGUUAUGCCCGCCCAUUUCAGUGGACCUACUCUGAGCUGAAACCGAAGUGCCUUGUGUUUUCACUGUUUCUUACAUGCUUAGCUUUGGAGCAUGCAGUGGCUAAAAGUUCGCCUCUCAUGAUGAUUGGGUGCGGGAGGCAGGGACCCUGCUGCAGAAAUAGUAACCUCCGCAACCCGAGAUCACUACACCACUGGAGAUGAGAGUACGCUUGCGCUACAAUCCAGAGGGCCAAAGGAACCCCACACCUUUUGUAGAGUGAGGGAAUACAUUAUGUUUUAGUAGUGGUUGGGAAUUAGGAAGUUCAGCCCAAGGGUUAAUGGGGAAAGGAGCAUUUUUCUUAAAAAGCAAGACUUAUUGGGGAGUAGACUCCACUGAAUUCAACUGAACUUCCCCAUGAAUGUGCAUAGGGUUGAUUUGCAUACAAAUGCCUGUUGCCUCUGCUGUGGUGAAAUAUUUUCCCUUUUCCUAAUUCUAGCUUUCUGUUUCCACUUCUUCUGUGCUGAUGUUACACUGAGAGAGAGUCACAAAGUGAGCUUCAUCUCCAAGUGGGGGUCUGCACCCUGAUCUCCCAGGUCACAAUUUGGCAUUCUAACUCCUGCCCUAAAGUGGGUGCCAGUAACAGGACUGAAUGGAGGUGUUUUGUGGUCUUAUAUUCCUUUUACAAAAGGAACCCUAAGAAAGAUUUCUAGUGCCCUUUACACUGUGACAUUUUAGGUGUUCAAAAUAAGGGCACUGCACUGCUGCUUUUGGCAACGCUGGCAGUGAGCAAACGUCAGAGAGACAUAUAGCCAGUGGGAGUUGUAGUUCAGAAAUUUAUGGAGAACUGUAGAUGCCACCCCCCAAUAUUCAAAAUAUAGUCCGGCCCCCCACAAGGUUUGGGGGACAGUGGACUGCCCCCCUGCUUAAAAAGUUUGCUGACCCCUGAUCUAUGUCUUCCCAGAAUGCCACUCUCCCCAGAAGGAGAAGCCAAGCUCACAAUCUCUGUUCCGCUCGCUUCUUUUGGGAGCCCCUCAAACAUGCAUGUUGCCACGUGGUUUUUCUCUAGCUGGAAUCCUGUAAGAACUGCUUAGGGAUGAUACGGGAUAGAUUUUCAUAUCUCUCACAAGGUCAUGCAGCCAUUCCAGAGGAUUGCUGUUGUGCAAACGCAGUUGCCUUUGGAAACCUUAGCUGUUUAAUUCACCCCCCCACUGCCCACGCCUUACUUUGCUGAUGCUUCAGGAUGGAAAAGAGAGGGGAGGGGUAAUGACACGAGAAAACAGCAGCCAACAUUGAAUGGGUGGGAGCUGGAGAACCGACUGGGGCACUUGAACCCACGGCAAACAGAGUACCUUUGGCAGGCAGUCCACGGGUUUGUUUCAUCGGGACCAUCUGUUUGGGGUGCUGUCAGGCAUUUAAAAUGGGCACUUCACCCCUUGGUAUAGCAUGAAGUUUGGGGCUAAGUCUGGAAAUUUAAUGUUUGAAGAUACUUGGUCUUAGUGUUUGUUCGUUUAUUUUAAUCUGCAAGUUUCUAGCUCUCAGGACUGCAGGGAAGUGGGCUAGGAUGUGGGGUAACUGGUAAGUUUCAGCUCCCAGAACAACCCUGAGAUGAGAUACUUCUGAAUGUCUGUAGGAAAAACCACUUGUAUUCAGCCAGGUUUAUUCCCUCUCCCCACCUUCCUGACAGUGAAUUGUACCGUGUGGGGAAGGGUAAACCACAAGGGCAGGGCUUGUAUCUUUUUAAUAAUCGAUUCCUUUACAAUUUUAUUUUUGUUUACAGUGGUACCUUGGUUCUGAAACUUAAUCAGUUCCGGACGUCUGUUCCAAAACCAAAGUGUUCCAAAACCAAGGUGUGCUUUCCCAUAACUAGACUAUUAAAAACUGGCAGUGAUUUACCCAUUGCCAUUGGAGGGACGAGGGUGAGUGAUGGGGGAGUUCCAGCGGGGGAGGGGGGAUGGAAAGGAAGGCAACUAUUCUGGACAACAGCCACACGAGAAAUAUGUAAAAUAACUAAGCACGUAUUAGACAUCACCCCAGAAUUGGCCCUACUAAACAUCUUCCAAGAAAGCAAUGCCCAUUUACACCACAAAGAACUCAUAACCCACCUAUUUUCAGCAGCCAGAAACACCAUAACCAGACACUGGAGAGACCUGUCACGAGUAGGCAUGGACCAAUGGUACCAAAUAGUAUGGGAAACAGCCCUACUAGAAAAAAUAACCAUUAAACUGAAACUGACACGGGGACAAACAGAAGAAGACACCUUUACCCCGGUAUGGCUCCCCUUUAUCACGUACACAGCCCAACAAGACAAUGACAAUAAUCCACCAACAGCAUAUAAAUCAAUGUGGCUAACCUGAUCUAAAACACCCACCCACCCCACUCACAUAUAAAAACAAAGAUCACCACAGCCAAUCACAAAUAAACAACCACAUCCUAAGCCAACCCCAACCUCUCUCACCACCAAAGGAACACAAGUGAACAGCACAAGCAACGCUGACACCAAACCCUACAUACAUUAAGCAUAAUAGAAACAUCGCCACCUGACCACACCCCUACCCAUCUUCCCCCCCUCCACCCUUUUUUUUCUCCCCCUAAUGUCUCAACAAAUGAAACGGAUUUGUAAAAAUGUUACAUGGGAAAAAUACGAGAGACAUUACACAUACUUCUGUAAAACAAGAAAAUCUUUAAUUAAAAUAAAUAAAUAAAAAUGUGGGAAGCCCAGGUCAGGCAACAAGCGAGAGAGCAUUGGAAGUGUGGCACUCAAAACGAAAAUGCCCCCCCCCCAAACGAAGUACGUUCAGAUUCCAAAAAAGAUUUGAAAACCUGAACACUUAUUUCUGGAUUUGAAGUGUUCGGGUUCCAAGUAGUUUGUGAACUAAGCUGUUCAAAAACCAAGGUACCACUGUACUAGGUUCUAUAAAAGCUUGGGUGCAAUAAUUGGGCAACAGCCUUUUCAGUUUUAGGGACUUUGUAGUUUAGACAAAAAGCAAGUAAGAGAUAAUAUGAUAGAAGUUUUUCAAAUUAGGCAUGGCAUGGAGAAAGUGGAUAGGGAACAGUUUCUCUCCCUCUUGUGAACAUCCGAUGAAGCUGAAUGUUGGAAGACCUUCAGGAAAAGCAAAGAAAGUACUUUCUCACAUCAUGCACAGUUAAACUACAGAACUCUCCCGCAGGAGGCAGGAAUGGCCACCAACUUGGGUGACUUUAAAAGAGGAUUAGAAAAAUUCAGGGAGGAGAAGGCUAGCGAUGUUUAGUCACCGUGGCUGUGCUCACCAAGUUGGUGGCAGCAGGGCUUCUGAACAACUGUUGCUGGAAGCCACAGGAGGGGAGAGGCCUCUUGUGCUUGGGUUCUGUUGGGUACUGUAAGAACAGAAUGCUGGACUUGCUGGGCCUUUGGCCAGAUCCUGCAGGCUUUUCUUUUGUUCUUAAGAGAGGUUAUAGAAACUAAUAGGAAAAGGAAGGGAUUGUCUCCAACUAAGUUCUGCUUAGAGAAGACUCACAAUGUGUCUACUCCUUUAGGUAAAGGGUAAAGGGGCCCCUGACCAUUAGGUCCAGUCGUGACCGACUCUGGGGUUGCGGCGCUCAUCUCGCUUUAUUGGCUGAGGGAGCCGGCGUACAGGUUCCGGGUCAUGUGGCCAGCAUCCUAAUCACUGACAGGAUUCUAGUUUUUGAAUCCAUUACUCUCUGGUCUUUGGGGAAGGCUGCAACAAAAUCGCCAACCUGCAGUGAAACAUGAGCAUCUUUGUGCUUGCAGAUACAUGUCUUGUUCCCACCCGCUUGCCUCUCUCUGUGAAUGAAGUGAAUGGUUACUUUUCUCUCUGCCCAGGACCAGGCUGGCCUCUCUCUUUGGACAGGAUCAGACAACUACAGAAUCUGGAAAUGUGCUCUUCCAAUACAUGUCACCCAAGCAGCCUAAAAAAGGUCAACUAGCUACUGGUAAGUAAACUGUUCACAAUGCCUAGGAACAUAAGACGAGCCCUUGUGGACCAUCUAGUCCAACCUUUGGUUCUGAAGCCCCACAGAAUCAACUGGGUUGGUCAACUCCUGAGUAGUGCUGGGGAGAGACCCCUGACCUGGGGCCCCAGAAAGGUGCUGGUGGUCUGUAUUCACCACACUGAGGUAGAUGGACCCAGUGGUUUGACACCAUACAAGGCAACUUCCUGUUCUGAAAUCAUAUUGUGAGAAGGGCAUUAUAUGAAGUAUGGGAGAGAAGUAAAAACUCAGUAGUGACCAAAACACCAUGGUGGCUGUCAUCAAUGGAAUCUAUGACAGUUCAUAGGAAAAAUAUAAACAGUGAUUGGUUAACAUACAAGGAUUUAGUAGAGGAAAUAAGUAGCAACCCGAAAAUAAAGGACCUAAGAGAACUGAAACAGAAGGGAAUAACCUGGCUGGAAUAUUAUCAACUAAAAGCCGCCAAACUAUUUUUGAAUUGGCAAAGAAAGGAGGAGGAUAUCAAAGAAAUUACAGUAAAAUGGGAGAGGGACCUGGGACAUAUGAUCAAACCCAGUAUUUGGAAUGAAUAAUGGACUAAAAAAAUCAUGGCUUGCUUCCUUAUAAGGGAAAAUCUUAUGAAAAUGUACUAUAGAUGGUACUUGACCCCCGUAAAAAUAGCAAAAAUAAAUAAAUCAUAUAAUAACAAGUGCAGGAGAUGUAAAGAACGGUUAGGAACAUACUACCAUAUGUGAUGGUCCUGUCUAGAGAUAUAAAGAUUUUGGAAUAUGAUUUAUGAAGAGAUAAAGAGAUUGAUAAAAACUACAUUUAGCAAUAAUCCGGAAGAAUUUUUACUAGGAAUGGUUUCAGAUAAUAUUCCCAAAAACAAAACCAGGUUAUUUAUGUAUGCAAUGUCAGCAGCAAGGGUUAUAGUGGCAAAACACUGGAAAGAUAAAAAUACACCCACUAAAGAUGAAUGGGUAGUCAAAUCGUGCGAGUACUUGGAGCUCGUGAAGCUGACAGAUGCAAUAAGAGAUAAACCUAAAAAGAUGGCGAAAGAAGAAUGGGAAUGUUUAAAUAAUUAUCUAGGGGAUAAGGGUACAUCAAUAAAGACCUGGUUAUGUUUAGAAUGAUACCACUUAGGGAAAUGUUCCCUGAUACCAAGAUGAGGGAUUCUAUGGAAUGCAGAUAGAGAGAAUUGAUAAGAAUAAUGAUCUGUUGUGAUCUUGACGGAAGCGUACAAUGGAUGAGCCUUCUUGUGUUUUGGCUCAUUUCCCCUCCCCUUUCCCCCCACUUUUUUCUUUUCCCUCCUCCUCCUUUCCUCUUUUUUCUUCUUCCCCAUAAUGGCUUAUGUUCUAUGCCAUGUACUUUGAUAUUUUUUGUAGUUUUUUAGCUUUUUCCAUUAUUGUUAUUAAUAAUUUUUCUUUUGUAAUUUUGGUUGUUUAUAUUUAUCUGUAUUUGUUUAAAGCAAGAUAAAAGUAUUAAAAGAAAAAAAAGUCAACUUCCUGUUUUCCAUUAAUCUGAGCAACUGGCUCAGACAAGGUCGCUAACUUGGCCUGAUGUUUGCAAGCAAUGUUCUGUUUGCAACAGAGCACUUACCCUUCUCAUGUGCUGCUCCAGCUGCAGGUCUGUCUACCCAGAAGCAUCCUCCUGCAGCUGCUCCUGCAGCCGCAGCUGCUCCUGCGUCCACUGCAGCAGUGCAUUCAGUUUUCUUCGCUACAGUUGUUCAUGCAUAUUUGUUGUGAGUACUACAGUAGGGGGGAUGAGCUGCAGUGUGUUCUUGCUACCCAAAUCCUGUGCUCGCAUCUUUUGCAAUCAUCUCUCCAUCUUGCCUGGCUUCUUCGGAAAGAGGUGGAACUGAACAACAGUGGGGGGUGGUCGAUUAGGGCGAAUGGGGCACUGCCAACUCAACCUCAGCCUGCCCCCACCUGCCUGUUGUUGUUUUUUUACUUCCAGCCAAUCAGGCUGUGGAUAUCAUUGACUCUGGCUCGAUGUGCUGUUGAUUUCCUUGCCUUAUGCCACACCAGUGAAAGCAGGUCCAGUAGGAAGGUACCCCCUCAUUCUGCCCUCAGCUGGCUCCCACCUGCCUGCCUUCUUACGUCCAACCGAUCCAGAGGGCAGGACUUCCUGUCAGCUUCCUCUCCCCCCUCAGUCUCUAUGCUGCCAUGGUAGAACACAGCAAGGAGGAGGAUGGGGACAGCCCUAGGCUUAGCUGGCCCUUCUUGUCGUGGGCUCUGGUGCCACCUAGAGUUGGGCUCCCUGCAUUCACCCCAAUGAGGCACCAGCCAACACUGAACUGAAAUGAGGAUAGAGACCUCCUGGGAUGGGGAGCUUGUGGGCUGAUAAAAUGUUGCUGGGGUGCUACCGCUCACCCCCCACAUCGCCCCUCACCGCUGGCCAGAUGGCCUGGGCUGAUGAGAGUUAAACAACCCCUGGGAAGUCUUUGUAAAGAGCCGCUUAAUAUAACCCAUGGGGUUGGCAUGGUGGCAACAAUUGUGGGAAGCUAAGAGGUGUUCUCUUCUCAUUCCAGUACCAAUGGGAAAUAUGUGAAACAUGGCAAGUAUGGAGCAGCUGUAGUGGGCAGCAAUGCAACCAAGGAGGUAAGAGGAGGAGGUGUGGUGUCUUGAAGUAGCCUGGCCUUCUGUCAACCUGCUGUCCCCCAGAUGUUUGGGGCUACAGCUGCUGUUGGUUCUAAACAUUUGGAGGAUCCCGGGUUGAUGUAGGUUGGGCUGAGGAAAUGCUUCCCUUUCUCUGAAUCCUGGUUUCCUGAUGAUGUCCUACUCUGGAAAAAGCAAAGGUGCUGUUUUGGCUCCUGUCUCUUUCUGCCCAAUCAGCUCACAAGGGUUAUAGCUCCCAUUUUUCUUAUUCUGACCUCACUUCUCUAGAAAAAGUAUUCGUAGCAGGGAAGGGGCUGUCGCUCAGUAACACAGCAUCCACUUUGCAGACAGAAGCUCCUAAAUCCAAUCACUAGCUCCUCUGGGUACGGCUGGGGACACUGCUGACAGUCAGAGUAUGCAGUCCUGAGCUAGAGAGACUAGUGGUUUUAUUCAGUCCAAGGCCCUGUGCUCUUAUUUAACUAGAACCCCGUGGACUAGAAUCUUGACAAAAGAAGGGCCUAGGGGGUAUUGUGUGCAGAGUGGAUAGAGGAAAGUGAGAUGGUAACUUUGUCAUGGCUUUAAAAAAUCAAUAAACGUUCCCACCACACUCAAAAAAGGAAGGGGGUUUCAGCAGUUUAUGUUGGAAAAGGGAUUCAGUUUUUCCAGCCUCUGUCCUUUUCAGCUCAGUCAGUAGCUCUUUAGUGGUUUGUUCUGCCCACUUUGCUAUGAAAGGAUUCACAGGUGUUUUACAAGCAACGGAUAAAAUACGUCAGGAAACAUAUGCGUUUAUUCCAGGAAGACUCUGGUAUGAUUGCCUUGUCCCACUCCCCUGUUGCAGGUGAGGGUGGUGGGGACAGGAUAAAACACUGGGCUGUCAUUCCCGUUUAGCUGAUUGGGUGGAAAAGGACAGAUCUCACCCCUUGGUUUCUCCAGGUGUAGGGAGCCUUUGGUCCUCCAGAUGUCGCUGAACGACAGCUCCCAUCAUCCCUCUCCACUGGCCAUGCUGGCAAGAGCCAAUGGGUGUUGAAGCUCAGCACCAAAGGCUCCCCACGCCUGCUCCAUUGUAACGAAGUCAUUCCACAUGUAAUUAAGCCAGGCACCUGCAACCAAAGCAAUUCCUAUGAUGAACACCUCUGAUGUAUUUGUAUGUUAAUGUGUCAUUUGGCUGUUGGGGUGCUGUGGAAAUGCCACCUGGUAUAAGAAGAGCUCCAGGUGCUUUUGAAAACAGCCAGCCCCGUAGUUUUUGAUUCCUCACUUUUGCUCUUGUUUUCUUCUGUCCUUCCGUCUCUUGUGGAAUCCAGUACAAAGUGCUUCUUUAUAUCAGCCAGCUGCAGCAGAUUGCGACCGCCAGCAUCCAUGCUUGCUUUGUAUUCACGGUAAGCUUUGGUGUUAAGACCUGCAAGGACCAUGGCAUAGGCUGAGGAUACACGAUGCAACGCAUCUUGCUGAAGCUAAGCAGAAGUCUUUGGUGGUUUGAAAUGCACAUUACAUAUGAGGUCUCAGCUGUGGUCAAUAAAUUUCAGUGGGUCUGCUUUCAGUAGGGCUAAUGCUUGUUGCAACCCAUUAGAUUUGAGUAAUGUUGGAUCUAAGAGGCUCCUCUAUGGUUAAAACGCUUACCUAGAGGUAACAAAGUAAAAUAGAUGACAUUCUGCCCUCUGUCCUACUGUAGCUUACAUCCCUUGGGGUAGCCCUCCACCCCGAAAUCCUAUAGCAUUUUUCCAUUUCUAAACAUGACACACUACAGACGUUGAUGUUUGUGUGUGUGUGCUCAGAGUAGACUCACUGAAAUUAAUGCACCAAAGUUCAUCAUGUCCAUCAAUUUUCAUGGGUCUGCUCUGAGUAGGGCUAACAUUGGGACACAACCCAAGGUCUUUAGCAAGACCCAUCAUUAAGAAAGUUGUUUUGAGCAGAGGCUGUCUGCUGCUCAGAAUUCCACUUUCUCUUUUCUCUUUCUGCAGGUGCAUCCCAACAACUACAACACAUUUUAUGAUGAUCAGAGGCAGAUUUGGUCCAUCAUGUUUGAAUCAGAAAUGGCAGCUGUGGACUUCAGCAAGCAGGUGCCAGAGGCGUGCACUGCAUUGUCGGGUGGGGGGUGGCUGUCCUGCAGACACUGAACUAGUGUUCGCGGGAGGUCAGCUCUCUUGCAUCAGUCGCCAGAUGCUUUCUCUGCCAACCACUAAGAAGCAUCCAGGGAGGGCAAGGAAUGGUGGUGUAGCCAGUUGGGGCCUUUUCAGGCCCCUGGGGUCUUCAGCCAGUGCUGCGUUGGGCCAGAUUGCAUAGGUGCGGAUGACAAUGCAGGCUAAUAACACAAAUGGCUUGGUUCUUCCUCUUUGCAGCUGUGCAUUGCCAAGUAUAACAGCAGCCGUUCUCCUGACUCAGUGCUGUGCCAGGAUCUUGUUCUCGGAGACGGCCAAGGUGUGGCGACUGGAGAUGUCCUGGAGAUCACUUUUACAGGCUGGCUGUUCCAGAACGGUAGUCUUGGGCAGGUGAGACCUGGCAGAGGGGUGUCUGGGGAUGAUGGGGGUUGAAGUCUCUAGCAGCACUGCAUGGCCACAGCUUUCCCACUCCUGGUUUAUAGAUUGCAUACAGCCCUUUUCUCCCACAACCCUGUCUUUUUGCCUUUCAAUAACAUUGCAAGGAAAUGAAACAGGAGAGGGACUUGAUGAGACUCACCCAGCUUGCUUCACAGCUCAAUGUGCAUUUGACCCCAACCCCAAUGAGCUCUAGCCAGUGCUUUUCCAUGGGGCUUGCAUUGGUUGCUCUCCAGAGGUGGGGCCUUGCCCAGCCUUGCCGCCCUUUCUCAACUGGGGAUGCUGGGGAGGGAACCCAGGACCUUCUUCCUGGGAAGCACAUGCUCUUAGGCCCUGAGCUUCACCUGUCUCCAAGGUGUAGAUCCUAUUUCUCAACCUCAUUUUACCCAAUCUGUAACAUGGGAGGCACUGCUAGGUAGGGGAUUCAACAUGGAAAGCUGCCUUGCACUGCAUCACGCCACCGGUCUAGGUUGGCAUCGCCCACAUUGACUGGCAGUAGCUCUCCAGGCUUUCAAGCAAAAGCCUUUCCCUGACCUUACUUGGAGAUGCCAGGAUUGAACCUGGAACCUUCUGCCUGCAAAACAGGUGCUGUGUCCCCGAGCUGUGCCCUGUCCUUCAAUACUCAUUGCUCUUGGCUCAGCAGUGGGAGUAGUGGAACGUGAACCUAUUACCUUCUGCAUUAAAAGUAAUUUCACCCCAUCGACCUUCCACUUUUGGAACAGGUUUUUGCCUCAAAUGUAAAUAAAGAGAAGCUGCUCCGUCUGAAGCUAGGCUCUGGCAAAGUCAUCAAGGUAAGAUGGCGCUAUCUUCCCACCGCACUGAAAGGAUUCUUUCUUCCACUUCCACAGCUAAGCAGAGUUCAGCAGCCCGGGCUGUGUGGAAGGUUGAAUAGCAGUGAUGUUUUUUGAGCUCAAACCCAGAUCAAAUGGCUUCCUCAAGAACCGCAGGCAGGUAGCUGUCCCAUGGCAGCUACGCCUGCCAUGAUCUGCUGGAGUGGGAGGCCUCCUCUGUGGCCUGGAAGAAAAAUGUCCUGGACCUCCAAUGUUGCCUCUUGCUGUCCUGGAUGAGAGACAGAGGGGGAAAUGUGAGUGGGUCUCUAAAGUAGCCUAUUGCACAAAGGUAAAAAUUACAUUCAUUGCCCCUCCCACUUUCCCCUCUAGCCCCGCCCACUUUUGGCAUGCUCCUCCCCACCAAGAAGGUUGCCCUGGAGGGAAUGGUUUUUAUCCCUGCUUUCAACUACUUUCCUCAAGACUGCAAGAGAACUGUCAGUAUUCCUGUGCCCUGCUCUCAACCAGCCUUUACCAACCUGACAAACACACACACAGAUCCUGUGGACUCCAACUGCCAUCAGCCCCAGCCAGUGCAUGCUGAUUGGAGUUGGAGUCCAAGGUAUCUGGACGACGUCAGGUUGGCGAAGGCUGUGUGGUUCUGGCACUUAGCGAAGGCGGUCACCCAAACUUGUUUUCUGCUUGGUUCUCCGUUUCUGGAACUUGAAGGCCUGGGAAGAUGGAAUGAUUGGCAUGAAGAGAGGAGGGAGGCGGUUCCUCCUCAUCCCACCAGCAUUGGCUUACAGGCCUUUGGCAGAAGCUGAACGCAUUCCUCCGGACUCAACUCUGGCCUUUGAGGUGGAAGUCAAACGGGUGAGUGUGUCUUCCUCCCAACAUGUUAGCGACCAAGAGAACCUCAGAAGGUGGUUGGGUGGUUGGUCUACAGCCUGGAUAAAGUUCUACAAAUGGAGGCAGUGGUUGCCUUGACCAGACUCCAUGAUGCUCCUCUUUUGCUCCCUUAGGUGUGGUUUGCAAAGGGCGCUGACUCCGCCGGACAGAACCUGGGCCCCAGGGACUCCCUCACACCUUCACCAGCACCACAAUCAGGAAGCCCUGCUACAGACCCAGCAUGGCUGACUCCUCCUACUCCCGCUCCAAAGCCAGGGUGAGAAAUAAAUUGAGGGUGCCCUUAGCUUUUAAGCCUUCCAUUCUCCCAGGUGUCACAUCCUAACUCUGCAGUAAAUAGGUUGCCACCUCUGUGUUUGAGGCUUUCGGCCUUCACCUCAGCUGCAUAGCUCAGAACCCAUCUGCACUGUACCACCCUGAGAUCUACGGAUGAAGUCUGGUAUACAAAUUCAAUAAAUCAUAGUAAAUCAUACGUUCCAAAUAGCGCCAUGCCACUUUCAACAGCCGUGGCUUCUUCCAAAGAAUCCUGAGGCCACCUUGUCUCAUAGGCAACCUGGCAGGGGCCACAUUCCAGGGCUGGGCUGGGGCUCCAGUGGACAGAGCAACAGAUGCUGCUCCUGCCUUCUGUGCAGCCGAAAAUACACCAUGUGGGGCUUCUUUCUGCACACACCUCUCCCUGUCCAGGGAAGCAAGGUGCACUGUCACAGUUCAAGGACACAUUCCAGCCAGGCUAUAGCUCCCUUUGGGAGGUCAUGAGGUGGAGUAGGUGAGGGGCUUGGCCGAGGCAGAGUCCCAAAGGUCAGUUGAGUAUCCUACCCCUUAAUAGACUCUUCCUACUAUGCUCAGGUUUGUUAACUCCCUUCCUUCCAUACUGCAGGGAGCCUAAAGCUCAGGUGGCCUGGCUCAAUCCCCAGGCAUCCCAAGGCUGCUGCCAGUCAAAGUGGACAGUACUGGGCUGGAUGCACAAAUAGAGGAAUACAGGAAUAUAGCCAGUGUGGGGUAGCAGUUAAGAGGGUCUGUCAGAGUAAGAUCUAGGAGACCAGGGUUCCAAUCCCCACUCUGCCAUGAAGGUGACCUUGGGCCAGUCACUCUCUCCCAGCCUAACCUACCUCACAGGCUUGUUGUGAAGAUAAAAAAGGGAGGAAAACUAUAUACCAGUAUUUGAGCUCCUUGGAGGAAAGAUGGAACAUAAAAUAAGAACUAUUAGGAUUCUGAUAUAAAGGAUAGAAGCUCUCCUAGGGUGGCUUUUGAAAAGUGAGAUCUACAUAUGAUACUGCCUUGAUUUCUUUUUUUACAUGAGAGGAUGGAAAGUAUCAAAUCAUGCAAACAUUCACGUGUGUAAAAAACAAUUCUUCCCCAGCUAUGUGGAGCAGAGCAACCUGAUAUUUGAGCAGAGCAACAGCUCAUUGCAGAGGACCAUGGAGCACACCCAGGCAAGGGUCCUACAUGCUGAACAGGAGAAGGUAAGCCCUGGCAGUGUGACAGCCACAACAGGAAGGCCAAGUGACUGAGGCUGUGGUGAGGGCAAGUGCUAUCCCAGGAUCCCGUCCUUGAGUUCACAAUCGCUAGUGCAGGUCACUAUUCCCCUUUGCCUGCAGGCCAGAAAGAAGUUACGUUUCUGAGCAGCAGCAGCAACAAAAUAGAACAAACGAUUGGCUAGGUAUACAUGCACAUACAGGUAAAAGAUUCAUAAGCUUCAGGUAAUCCUUUGAAAAGCACCUCAGGUUCACAUGAUGUGAGCAAGCACAGUGAACGUCCCCCUCACUUCCUCCUAUGCAGCCAAGAAGAAGGGUGUGAGAGUUUCCACUUCUAGGUAACUGCUGCUUCCUCUGUUGUCUGGACUGAGAACAGCCAUUAACGUUAAGUAGAAUUAGUUUCUGAAGUUAGCUUAUAGAAACAAACAUUUGAAGUUGGUGUGUUUGAUAUUAACCAUAGUUGAUGUUAGCUGCAGCUCGUUGUACCAGGCAACACAGCAAACCAUGGCUAGGCAUAAGUGUCAGGGUUCCUGGCCGCAUGAGAGGAGGAGAUGUAAGGGGAGAGGAUGCAAAUCCAGGUUUGCUGUGGCCUGUUCUUGCUUGGGCAUCUGCAUGCAAACCCCGCCAUUAAGGGAUCUUCCAUGCAUCUUACCCUGAGGCCGAGGGAUUUUCAGUGAUAUAAUCAGCCCUUGGACCACAGAAUAAGCAGAGUGCUCUUAACCCAGAAUGCCAUUGCCUCUUUUGAUAAAACUUUCUCCCCUCUUGCUGUUCUUGCUUCUGGUGGUGUUAACUCUCCUCUCCUUGUCGCCGCUUUCUCUCUAGCACAUGCCGCCACUGGAUCACUUGCAAUUCCCAGGAACAGCAUGCUGUCUCCAACAGUGGAGGGAGACCCCUAGCCCUUGUGGCUGUUGGCUGUGUAUAGCUUUUCCUGCCCCAUUGUUUUGUCUAAUCCGCUGCUAAAGCCAUCUAACUGUUUGGCCUUCAUUUUAUCUUGUGGGAGAGAGCUCUGCUAUGUGAAGAUGUCCUUUAUUUUGUCUGUCCUGAAUUUUCUGGGGAAAUCUUUUCUGCUCUCCAUUUUAUGCACCUUUGUCGUGCAUGCUUUCUCCUGAACUAACUAAAAAGCCCAAGGCUUCUGCCUCCCCCCGCUCCUCAUAGCCUUGCCAGUAGACCAGUUCUGCAGGGUGUUUCCUGGGAGACUCAUUCUUAGCAUUUGGGAGCCUCCAAAAGCACAGCUCUUGCAUCCUCCCAGGAAAGGUCUUGUGGCUCUCCUUCUCCAUAUGUUCUUCUGUCUCUUCUGCUCCUUUGUGUUGCAGGUCAGGGUCACCAAGGAGCUAGCGGAAGCCACAGUGCAGAUCUCCCAGCUCCAGCUGGAGCUGACCCGUCAUCAGAAGCAGGAGAUAGAUCUCCACUCCCAACUGAAUGAAGCCCUGACAGAGUCGGAGAGGCAGAAAGCCCAGGUCAGCCGACUCUGUGCACAGCUGGCAGGUAAGGGAAGCUGAGAGGAGGCGCUGAAAUGGCAGAAGAGCACGAUCCAAGCACAUGCAGAGUAGUUUUAUCAUCCUAGGAAAUUAUUUAGCUUGCUGGUAGGGAGCCUGUGGCCCUCCAAGUAUUACUGGCCUUCACCUCCCAUGAGCCCCAGCAAGCGUAACCAUUGAUGAUGGGCACUGGAGUCCAGCAACCUCUGGAGGUCCUGCUCCUUAGGGCCUCCUGCAGUGUGGCUGUUAAAAACUCAGACACACAAUCUCCAAAAAGACUCUUCACUUUAAUUCCAUCUUUUUUAAAAAGGCAAGCUUCUGAUCUCUACAAACUUGAUUGAUUGUAUUUCUAUGCUGCUUUUUGUUGAAAUGAAUCUCCAGCUUACAAACAAUAAGUAACAUUAACAUAAUGUAACAUAAUAGAAAAUGGGUUUGUGCAUAUUCUGCACCUUCCUUGCCCUGCAUGCAAGAGCAGAGCGGUGUAAGAGUGAGAAGAAACAUGUGAUAUGUCUUUAAAAUUACACGGAGGCCCCAUCCACACUAUACAGCAUUAUCAUGCCACCACUGCAGUCAGUCAUGGCUUUCUCCCAAGGAAUCCUGGGAAGUGUGGUUUUUUCCAGCUGCCAAUAGUUGUGUUGAAGUGGAGAGCCCUGCUUAAGCAGCCAUUUCCAGCAUAGUUUAACAGCCUGGGAAUUGUACCUGGGGGUGGUGGCAGACCGGGGGUCCCACCACCUCUCAGCACCCUUAAGAGAAUGUUCUCAGUUCCCAGAAUGUCUUGUGGAAAGCUGUGAGUGUUUAAAGCAUAUAGUGCAGAUGGCACUGUACUUAGGCUUAGCUACAGCAGUGGAUGGAAACAGGGACAUGCACUGUGGCGCAGGCUUCAUCUGUCACUGGCUCUCUGCCCCACCUCCACAGAACUUGAGGAGUUGUCUGACUUGAAACGCAGAUACCAGGAGGUGAACCUGAUUGCGAUGCAGUUGGAGGAGAAGGUGGCAGGCCUGGACGUAGAGCUGGCUUAUCACCGUGUUCAAAUUGAGAAUCUGGAUAAGGUAGUGCCCAGGGGUGACAAAAGUCAUCACCAAGGCCAGAAGUGGCUUCCUGGAAAACUCUGAGAUCCUUAGGAUUAUCCCAGUGCCCCCACCACACACCCAGCUUUGCACCCUUGACUGUUCUUUGCCUCCCUAGAAGAUGCCCUUGAACCUGACCAUGCUUCUUCUUUCAUUCUUAAAUGGAGGAUUGAAAGGGACAAGUGGGCAAAUUAAUGUGUGUUGCUCCACCUACUUUUACUCUUGGCAGGCGGCCCCCAAGAGGUCAGUCAGUGGAGGCUAGUCUAUUAGGCAAACAGGGCACUGCCCUCACCCAGCCACCACUUGCUUGCCUUCUUCCUUACAGCCAAUCAGGAUGUGGCUCUGCCUGUCAUUGGGCUCCUUGCCUUAUGCCCCACCCACCUCAAUGGGCAGGAGUCACCUGUCCUUGGAACACCUCUGCUCACUCUGCUGGGUUUUCAUGUCUGCCAUAGGCCUCUCUGCUUACUGUUUAUUACAAGGGCUCCUGAACUGUGGUCACACAAUGCAAUGCCAUCCAUCUCUUGGCACAUGGAUGCUAUCCAGAUAAUGUAUGUUCGUUGUAAAAUAAAUGAAUAAAUGAAAUCAUCACCACAUUUGGCUGUCCAGAAGCUCUUGAAAGCUCACUGUCCUUUCUGGUGUUGCUUCCCUGCCUUCUGACUCUUUGGCAUCAUCCUGGACCACGUGAAGAAGCUCAUGAACAAGGUCUUCCAGUCCCUGCGGGGCCAGUUCAACUUGGAGGGGUCCUAUACCGGCCAGGAGGUCCUGGGUAUCGUCCUGAACACCAUCAAGGUACAGCCCAGGGCAGAUGGAUCCUGACACCUGAAUAAGAUGCAGAUUGAGUGAACUGGUCUAUCAUUUCUCUUCCUUUUUGUAUGGUUCCAAAUGUCAUGAGUUUGGGUGCCAGAGUUUUGGGUGCAAGAUGCCCAUAACUACUGGGUUUAGUAAGUGUUAGAAUUUAAUCACUGCUUGGAGAGUGAAACUGAAAGUCAGACGCUUAACAGCUGGACUCAGCUUCCUGUGUUGAGGAGAUCGCUUGAGAGGUGGGCCAUUAGAGAACUAAUGAUGAUGAUGAUGAUGAUGAUGAUGAUUAUUUUGUUUAUACCCAGCCACUCUGGGUGGCUUCCAACACAUAUAUAAAACAUAGUCAAACAUUAAACAUCUUUAAAAAAUGGAACACUUCACCAAUUUGCAGAGGCCAUGCUAACCUCUUUAUCAAUCCAAUUUUAGUAUACAGUAUGUGCUGCGGACAGAGAGAUGGGCCAUCAGCAAGACAGACACUCUACCAGCCAGCAGAUGGGUGAAGCCCCACCCAGAGCUUUGAGAUAAUGAGUUUGAAGAGAGUGCCAAAGUUUUGGUUAGGAGGAAGUUUUAGGAUUUCAGUUGGCUAUGGUGUGAUCAAAAGAAAAAAGCCUUUCAGUCUGUUAAAUGCAGCAAGCUGGAGAGGCAGGAUCAAAGCACAAUGCAGACUGACAGUUUGAAUUAGAGGUUGCAGCAAUGGGAAAAACGGGACUCUCUUGGAGUGUAUGCUGGGGGCCCCCUCCAUUACAGGCUCAGGUGUAAAUAAACUAUAUAUCAUUAUGACACCACAGUCUACACUGUGCCUCAUUUCCAAAGGAAACACAGACUAAGUGCCUAUUCCCCUGCAGUCUUGCACCGGUCAGAGAUUGGGGUGGCAUUUAGCCCCAUAUUACUAAUCAUGGGAGCGGCAAAGAGGGUGAAGCCCAGCUCUCUAGAAAUAACAGGUUGUAUCUAAGGUACUGCAAAGUGAAAGUCACUUAGCUGUGCCAGUGUGGCUGAGUAGGGAUUCAAACCCUGGUCUCCUGAGUCCUGGCUAGAGACCAACCAUUACACUGUACUUUCAUCAGGGGCUGCAGUCUUUUUUGUGGCAAAUAAUCCCCCCUCCCCUCUACUUGUUCCAGACAACAACUCUGCAGCUGCUGGAGAGUCAGGAGGAGCAAAGGGGGAGCAGCAGCACCGAGGAGGAAGGGCCUGCGGAAAGGAAGCAGCCAAGUGCCGCACCCCUUUAUGGGGAUCCCCACAGCAACUCUCUCCGAGAACCAGCACCAGUGGCAUCCCCCGCUCCUUUGGCUAAUCUGAAGGAAAGCUCAAGCAGUCCUCCAUUCACGGCUCUCGAAGGAGCCCAAGACAGUCUGCUUUUUGCAGCUCCUGAGGCUCAUUCUUCGGAAGCACCGGUUGAACAAACUCGUGCAGCCUCUGCUCAAACUGCAAGGCCGCCUCUCAGGCUCUCCGCCAGUACUGAGAAGGAGAGGCCAAGCACUCAGGGAGAAAUGGACACAAUAGACACCGCCAUUCUGGCACCUCCAAAUUCAGCGGCGGGUGAGAUGGCCCCUGCAAUGGAGGGGCCCACAACGGGUCCAGAGGGCAAGGAGGAGAGUGGGGCAAGUCAGCACACCGCUGGCCCCACCUCUCAAGCUGCUGUAGCCGACAAGCAGCAGGACUUGGCUGGAGCCUCACAGCCAAGACCAGCGUCCAGCCCCAUGGAAGCGGAUUCCAAGUCUGUGCCAGGGCGGGAGGGGGAUGGGAACUGUACCUAUGAUGGGUCUUAUGGUACUCAGUGCCUUGUGUUCUGA